GCGGCGGCGCAGCAAAUGGCGGCCGCUGCGCCCCGCCCGCCGGGCCGGAAAAGGCGGAGCCGUGCGCCAUGGCCGCCGGCCGCCUGCCGCCCAGCGCCCUCACCCUGCGGCAGUUCCUGAGGCGGCAGCAGGUGCUGCAGCUGUACAGGAGGAUCCUGCGGGCCAUAAGGGACGUCCCUGCUGAGGCAGACCGCCGCCAUCUGCAGGAGUGGGCGCGGGAGGAGUUCCGGAGGAAUAAAGAUGCCACAGAAGAGGAUGCAAUCCGGAUGAUGAUUACUCAGGGCCACAUGCAGCUGCGGGAACUUCAGAGAGCACUGAAGUUGGCCAAGUCCUGAGUGCGGUUGUGCUGACAGCUGGAUUUUCAUCUGCUGCAAAUAAGCACAGUAUUAUUUUUGUCCAGAAUGUGGUUAUAAUAGCAGCCUUUGGUGAUGUCUUGAUAAUACCUGAAGGUAGAUCUACCACAGUGGGUUUGGAUUGUUGGUUUUUUUUUAUUUUCCCCUUCUUGGCUCGGUUACUCUUCAAUGUGGAAGUCGCUCAGAGGCAGAAGGCCUAAAAGAACUGAAUGGAUGAUGGAGCACGUCCUUUAGGAAAAGCAGAAAGCCCCCAAAAUUACAACAGCAGUAUUUCUCUAGAGAGAUGAAAGAUAAAUAGAAGCCUGCUUAUUUUGUCUCUCUCCUGCUGUGGUACCUCUGUGUGGUAACAUCUGUGGUGGUAGCAGCCUUUUCUCUACAGUGCUAGGGAUUUCUUUCUUAUGAAUUAAGAGAGCAGAAGUAUAUGGGAUAAAUAAAUGAAAACCAAAGAUGGUAAAACAAUGUUUCA